UAUCUGCCAUAUUUCAUUGACAACAUAAUUGAAUAAAAGUAAAUUCGUUAUUAACUUUCGACAAGAAACAAAUUUUUAUUGAACAAAAAAAAAAUUAAAAAAAAAAAAAUAAACAAAAAUGCCGAAAAAGGUCAUCACAAGACGUCAGCGUAAGGCCGCGGAGGCGAAACGACAGGCUGAUGAAGAUGCUCGUCUUGUCGUGCCGGGAGAUAAGGCAUCUCCAGUAGCUGCCGAUCGAGCUGCAGGUCCCACCUCAUUGCCUCCUGUGGGAGGGCCACGAGGUCAAAAAAGGAAGGCUAACAAUAACAUAGAAACGUUGAUGACGGCCAAGAAGUCGACUCGGGAUUCGAAUGUUGUGGAACCAUCAUCAUCACCAGCAUCGCCAAUGGUCCGUACAUCCAAUAGAUCACCCUGUUACGAGACAGGUAAACCAAUACCGAUGCCCCAAUUACCCCCAAUCAGUGAGGCGCUAACGGAAAUGGAUACACAACGAUCGUCGGAGCACACAAACAGAUUGGCCGCAAUGCUUCCAUUUGGCACUAGACUGUGUAGACGUAUUGCCCGCCGAUUCAGGUCUGUAUCUCUAUCAGGAUUAUCUAAUAAGGAAAACCCGCCUCAGCAGUCACUGGAGGAACCCCAACCAACCCUCAAGCAGCUCAACGCCCUCCAUAAAAUGUUAAUGCAAAAGAGAAAAAGACCAUGGCAGGAUGAUUUCUACAGCAAUCUAAAAUAUCCCGGCCGGAAUCGCUCAGAGGCGGUGGAGUGUGGUGAAGUCGAAAAGCAAACUAACGAACUCAUGCAAAAGUAUUUGCAGCGAUUUUACGAUGGAUGUGACGACUACUCCGAGGCCAACCAGAUUAAAAAGCCAACGCCAAAAGCUGCAAAUCCAAGCAAACAAAAUUGUGAAAAACAAACUGGCACGACCCAUCCUCGUCAUCCGAUGCCCGUCGUUUCCAGGUCCGCAAUGGAGCAGCGUCCUCCACUCAAAAUUAUUGGAAACACGGGCUACUUUAUUUUGACCGGAACCGAUUCGCAAUUGGCGCAGCAGCUCAACGAUUUGACCACUGAACACGAGUCCCUAGGACAAUGCCUGCUCCUCCUUGGGGGCAUGUCUGACCAUGUGGAGGACCAAUUGUACACAUUGGAGGAAAAUCGUGAUCAGAUAUUUAAGCAGAUGGAUGACAAAUACGCCAUGUUGGAACCAAAACGAGAGCGCCGCCAAAGGAGACCAAAAAAACACAACAAGGUUGGCAAGGCUGCCGCUGCUGCUGCUGCUUGUGCUGCUGGUAACACGAAUUGCAGUCGAAAAGGGAGCCAGAAAAAACAGCGUGGCACGGGCAUGGGCACGAUGGUGGCACCAGCCGCUGAACGAAGAGCAGCAACGUGCUGAUUUUUAUUUUUUUUUGUUAUCAAAACAUUACAUAUAACUGUACUUUACCUAAAUGCGAAUAUUGUGAUGCAGAAUAAAAAAAUUCAAACUAAAA